AUGAUGUGCUGCGGUUACUGCACGCCCGUCGUUGUCGCGAUCAUCAUCAUGGUGCUCGCGCUUGCAAGCGAUGCCUACAGCAUCUACUUGAUCACUGUACACCGGCGCGAUGCCUGGCGCGUCAUCGUGUGCAUCGUCGUGUUCAUCUUGACAACCAUCAUGGGCCUUCUCGUACUAUGGUCUUACUACGCCGUCAUCUUCGGCUCUCCAGGCUUUGUGCCACGUGACCCGUGGGCGCAUCCGCCCGUGUAUGCCGGUCCCUCACUCCGCCCAAAAGGCGGAGUCGAACAGGCCUUUGCUCAGCAACGUAAUCACGGCCCCCCGCAUCAGCAGCUGCACCAACCAGGGUCACAGCAACCUCACGCAGGCUCGCCCUCCUCACGGAAGACGCGGUCUUCUAGCUUGCCGGGCGUAAAUCGACCACAGACAGCCAACAACGUGCUCUCACUGCCUCCAUUCGACGACACUGGCGUCGCCAGCCCACCGCGCACCGGCCACUCAAAGUCCCCACCAGUCAGCGCUUCUGUCGCCAAGGCCGAUAACGGUACAUCCACUACGUUGUCGACUGCUGGCAAUACCGGUGCCCUUCGCGGUGGCGACGGCAGCGAUGCGAUCGUUGUCCGCGUUGAUGAGGCGUCACCGACACACUUUCAGCACGGCAGACCGGCUGGCUACUUUCCUGCCUCACUCUCAGAAUCGCCAGAGCAGCAGCAGCAGCAGUACCCCAACCCGCCCACGACUCUGAACCCGUACACGGUUACCACGCUGGAGCGUAACGGGCGGCUGCGUUUCUGUUACGCAUGCCAGCUUUACAAGCCAGACGGUGCCCACCACUGCAGUGUCUGCGGCCGGUGUGUAUAUAACUUCGAUCAUCACUGCCCCUUCGUGAACAACUGCGUCGGCCGCAACAACUAUAAGCUAUUUAUUAUCUUCUUGCUCUACAGCAGCGUCGGCGCGACCCUGGGGGGCUGCCUCAUGCUCGUUACGAUCUUCGCCGUCGACACAGACGCGUUCAUGAAUAAGCUGAUAUGGGUAGCGGUGCCCGCGUUGGAUUUAAUUUUGGGUAUUUCGCUGGUGAUGUUCUACACCCAGCACCGCUUUCUCCUGAUCAACGGGAAGAGCACGUUGGAGAGUCUCAUAGAAGCUGAAAGGGAGCCCUGCUCGGGGGCUUGCUGCGGCUGCAAGCAACCUCGGGUCAGCCCAGAGCAGAAGGAAUAUGCUGCGCAGCGGCGCAAGGAAAGGAUCGAGCGGCACCAACGCACGCUGCUGGGGAAGGAGUCGCCGUGCUGGCGGAGAUAUGCUCCGCUGCCGGUGCGCACAGACGACGCCGCAGAUGAUACCGUGUCGGGGAUGGUCUGA